CGAUGUGAGAGCUUCGGAGAAUCGGUGCAAACGUAGUGAGAUUUACAUAGAGAUUUAUUUAACCAGUGCUGCAAGCAGGGGGAGGGCGGGGAGGUCACUGACAUUCCGCAAUACACACAGUGCCGGACUCUGGAAAUAUGGAUCUGCAUCAUUUUGUGAUGAUUGGAAACGUUUGUGACGGACUCUAAAAAAUAAGAAACGUUAAACUUUUCAAGGACUUUCCACACCCAAUUUUCUUUCCUGUGAUCGGUUAUUGAGAGAAGUCAAGCGAGUUGAAGCCGCCCUAACUGUACAUUGAUGUGAAAAGUGGAAACGAUGAUUUUAACACAGAUUGAGGCCAAGGAGGCAUGUGAUUGGCUGCGGGCUGCAGGCUUUCCCCAGUAUGCCCAGCUAUAUGAAGAUUCAUUGUUCCCCAUUGACAUUUCUUCAGUGAAGAGGGACCAUGAUUUUCUGGAUCGAGAUGCAAUUGAAUCUCUUUGCAGGCGAUUGAACACACUUAACAAGUGUGCUGUGAUGAAACUAGAAAUCAGCCCACAGAGAAAAAGAAGUGAAGAUUCAGAUGAAGAUGAGCCUUGUGCUAUCAGUGGACGAUGGACCUUCCAGCGGGAUAGUAAACGAUGGUCACGGGUGGAGGAAUUUGACGUUUUUCCACCAGUAGAGGUUACAAAUGGCAUCUCUGUUGAUACCACUUUGCUGAAAAAUGCAAUGAGUCAUGAGAGUGUACUAACUGAUCUGAGUGAACGGCAAGAAGUGGCAUCAAUUCACAGUGCCAGCAGCACAGAGAGCAAUGGGGCAAACAUCCGAAAGAACAUAGAGACCACAAGGACAAAUUCUGAGAUCGGUGUGAUUUCCUCAGGAAGCACGAUUAACAAUGUUGAAUCAUCUAGUACCCUCCCUUCGCCAAAGGACAUCUCCAGUUUUACUUUCAGUGCAAAAACUGAAAGGAACACAAAAUCUAAAGCCAAGAGCUUCUUAAAGAGAAUGGAGAGCCUGCGCAUUAAAAGUUCUCACAGCAAGAAGAAACUUCCUUCAAAAAAUAACCUGGUCAUCAGUGGGCCCGUACUCCAGGAAGGCAUUGAUGAAGAAAAAUUGAAACGCUUGAACUGUAUUGAGAUAACUGCACUCAAUGGCAACCAUAUGAAUGCUUCAGUGAUACGAAGUCAAACUGUUUCUUAUUCAACACAAACAAGUAGCAGCAGCAGUCAGUCAGAGACAAGUAGUGCAGUCAGCACACCCAGCCCUAUCACCAGAACUCGCAGCCACAGCACUUGCAAUAAGCGAAGUGGCAUGUAUUUAGAAGGCUUUGAUCCUUUCAGUCAGUCAAUGCUGAAUGACACCAGACAACAAAACUUAAAGAAUCAGAAGGGUGUAGAAGAGGACAUCAUCUUCUAUAUACCAGAGGAUCACAAGCCAGGCACCUUUCCAAAAGCACUUUCAAAUGGCAACUCUUCCCCCCAAGACAGCACUUCUGUAAACUGGAGAAAUGGAAGUCUUCAUGGUCAUAGACACUGUAGCCUUACUCGGGAGAACAGUGCUGACAGCUCAAAGGAAUCUAGUUUCGGACGGAGACGAAACUCAUGCAGCUCUUCAGGCAGCUGUCUUAGUAUCUAUGACAAUGUGCCUGGGUCCCAUCUUUAUUCCAGUACUGGUGACCUGGCAGAUCUAGGCAAUGAGGAGGACAUUUUCCCAGAACUAGAUGACAUUCUACACCAUGUCAAUGGACUACAAAGGAUUGUAAACCAGUGGUCAGAAAAGCUUUCUGAUGAAGGGGAUUCAGACUCAGCAAUGGAUUCUAUUUCUCCUUGCCCAUCUUCCCCCAAACAAAUACACCUGGACAUUGAAAAUGGAAGGGUCUCCCCAAGUGAUAUUGACAGUACCGGGAACUCCAUCAUUGAGACAGAGGAUCAAUCAGUAAUCCGAGAAAGGAGGGACUCAGGUGUUGGUGCAUCACUGACAAGAUCUAACAGACGGCAGAGAUUUCGCUGGGGCAGUUUCCAGAUCUCACACAGACCAAGUUUGAAUUCAGCAUCCCUGCAAAUCAACAGCCAAUCUGUGGCCCAGAUGAACCUCCUUCAGAAAUUCUCUCUCCUGAAGCUCACCGCCCUCAUGGAGAAAUAUUCACCUUCUAAUAAGCAUGGAUUUAACUGGGCUGUUCCCAAGUUUAUGAAGAGGAUCAAGGCCCCAGACUACAAGGACAGGAAUGUUUUUGGGGUUCCUCUGCUAGUAAAUGUCCAACGCUCAGGACACCCGCUCCCUCAGAGCAUUCAACAAGCCAUGCGCUUCCUCCGCAAACAGUGUCUGGACCAGGUUGGAUUAUUCCGGAAAUCUGGAGUCAAGUCCCGGAUUCAAGCCUUGCGGCAGAUGAAUGAAACUUGCACAGACAGCGUAAACUAUGAAGGCCAAUCAGCAUAUGAUGUGGCAGAUAUGCUUAAACAGUAUUUUAGAGAUCUGCCUGAGCCACUGAUGACCAGCAAACUCUCAGAGACAUUUCUUCAAAUCUACCAGUAUGUCCCGAAGGAUCAGCGUCUCCAAGCAAUCCAGGCUGGCAUCAUGCUGCUGCCUGAUGAGAAUCGUGAGGCCCUGCAGACACUUCUGUAUUUCCUGAGUGACGUCACCGCUGUCGUGGAAGAAAACCAGAUGACACCUACAAACCUGGCAGUGUGCCUGGCUCCUUCAUUGUUUCACCUCAAUACUCUCAAGAGAGAAAACUCAUCUCCCAGAGUGAUACAGAGGAAACAAAGUUUGGGCAAACCUGACCAGAAGGACCUGAAUGAAAAUUUGGCUGCUACGCAAGGUCUGGCCCACAUGAUCGCUGAGUGCAAGAAGCUUUUCAAGAUCCCAGAGGAAAUGAUGAGCCACUGCCGUAACUCUUACAUGGAGCAGGAUUUGCAGCCAGUUAGUUUGGAAGAGCUGGGCCAAACCUGCCAGGGUGAACCCUCGGCCUUCCAAACGUACUUGCAGAACGACAUUGAUAGUCUCCUGAAGGAGGCGAAAGAUAAAUUCAAAGGCUGGGUCAGCUGUUCAACAUCAGAAUCAGCAGAACUUGCCUACAAGAAGGUAUGUGAUGGGCCACCUCUGAAAUUGUGGAAGGCUUGCAUUGAGAUUCCUGGUUCACCAGAGGAUGUUCUCUGGCGGAUUGUACGUGAUCGCCAACUCUGGGAUGAUGACCUUCUUAGUUCAAAGGUCAUUGAAAGUUUAAAUAGUCAAACGGACAUCUAUCAUUAUGUGCAAACCAGCAUGGCCCCACACCCGACCAGAGAUUAUGUACUCAUAAGGACUUGGAGGACCAACUUGCCCAAGGGGUGCUGUGCAUUGGUGGCCACUUCAGUGGAGCACAAUGGGAUACCUGUAGUUGGAGGAGUCCGAGCUAAUGCUCUUACCUCACGAUAUCUAAUCGAACCCUGCGGGUCAGGAAAAUCUAAGCUCACCUACAUAUGUCGGGUAGACACAAGGGGACGAAUGCCAGAAUGGUACAAUAAAGCAUUUGGACACUUGUGCGCAGUGGAAAUUGGUAGAAUACGAGACUCUUUUAAUAUUCCUGGCUCCGACAGUCAAGAAAGCAAGCAUUAGGAAACAACUUCCAAUGAGCUUGCACCUUAACUCUGAAGCACAGGGCUGCGAAGAACAACCAUACCCUUCCAAGGAAACUGUGGUGGACCCAAAUUAAUACAUUUACAAUGGAGUCUUACACAGUCAGAUCUUUGGAAUUAUUUUAACUUUAGUAGAAUUCCUAAUUAUGACUGUAGCGAUAUAUUUUUAAAAAGCUGCUUGAUUCGAACAUGAUGGCUGUCAUAUAGGCCUUUACUGGAAUAGUUGGGUGGGAGUAGUGGUCCUUUGAAAAAGUGAAGUGCAAAGAUGGAUUGUACUUGCUUGCUUAGGGGCUACACUUGCUUCUAUGAAGCAUCAAGCAUUUUGUGUAAUAUAUGUCAUGUGUGUAUAAAGAAUAACCUGGGGUGUGUUCACAUGAUUUGCUAUUUUUAUACUUCAUUCUGUAUCUUCAUAGUUUAUGACCAAUUUUCCAGAGUUGUGUAUUUCUGUUGUGCUUGCUUGAUUCAGUUAUGGUACAUCUGGAGCAGUGUGUGCUUGAGUGGGUGUUUCUGAGGAGCUGAAAUGUGAGAGAAUGGGUAAGGGACAGUGUCUGGUACACUGCUUGUUUGGAAGGCACUGCCAUGGCAGAAUGAUGUCCAUCAACCUAAGAGUUUCUAGUGAAGUUAAGUUUGUCAAUAUAGUAUUUAAGUGAAAGACAAUGGAGACCACUUUACAGCCAUUUUUUUUCCCACCAGGACUUGAUUUUUCCUCUUUGUGAAUCCCAAAAGAUUAUCUCUUCUAUCUCCCAACAACACAAUCCAGUUUCUUCUGUCAGAGAUUAGAAGAGUGUUUGGUUGGAAUAACAUAGUAGCUUUUCCAAUCCCGCUAAACUCACUUGACAACAUGGCUUGACUCCAGCUACAUUUUAAAUGGGGAAAGGCUGUUUUGUUUGUUAAGCGAUGUCUUUAUCCUUUGUUUUCCUCACUAGAUGAGG